AUGGCGAAAUGGGAGUUUUUGAUUUUCGUUGCUUUCUCUGCGAUAGUAUGUUGCACGGAAGUUGAAGAUAGUGAACAAAAGAAGAGAGGCGUUGGUAAAGGCACUAGUUUGAAUUCCUUAACAUCAGGAGCCCAAAAACAAGACUACACCUAUAGUAUUUACUCGUCUAAUCCUAGUUCGCAGAGUUCAUCAAGUUCAUCAUAUCAGCCCCAAGCUCCGAGCUCGUUCUACCCAAGUCAAACGGCUAACCAGUAUUAUUCGUCACCAAAUACGCAGUUUGAUACGCCGUCCUAUUCACAACAACAGCAACCGCAAUUAAAUUUAUCACCACCAUCUACUACAUCGCAAUUCGCACCGCUAAACUUUGUACCAAACCCUGGGUAUCAAGCUAAGUAUCAGAUAAUUCCUUCCAAAUCAAACGGGAAUAUUCAACUGGCUAUUUACCAACAGCCGGGUAAUUAUCCAGUUCAGCAAGUUGUGCCUUAUUCCCCGCAGUUAUUUUCGUCAAAUCCUUCUCAAGUAAAUUCUCACCAAGGUUAUAAUAUUCCGCAACCCCAGGGACAGUUCAAUGUUGCUCCAAAUUACCACCAGGUGCCUCUAGGCGGCUCGUAUUUAGGACAGCCAUCUGCUAUGCUGUUAUUUGCACAGCCUAAUUUGAAUCAACUUUACAAUAAUCUCGUAUAUCCUAAUCCCGUUCAAAGUUUCUAUAACUAUUAUCCUUCAAACACUCAAAGCAAGUAUAACGUCCAGUACGUUCCACAAGGAUCUUCUGCUGAAUAUGAAAAGUUACAAGGACCUGUUGGGCAAAACAUUCCAAGGGAAGACAACGAUAUUACUCAUAAUAAUGAAUAUACUUUAACCUCCGAUUCCAGUUCCAGUUAUAAAAACGCAUACUCGGCUAGUCGUAAUUCUUAA